CCGGGCCAUGCCCACUUCCAGCGAUGGACGCCGCUGCCACCGUGGCGACCGCCCCCCAGCCUUACGUGCUGCACGAAACCCUAACGAGCCACAACCGCGCCGUCUCUGCCGUCAAGUUCUCCCCCGACGGCUCCCUCCUCGCCUCCGCCUCCGGCGACAAGACCCUCCGCGUGUGGUCGACGGCCGACUUCUCCCUCCUCACCGAGCUCUCCGGCCACGAGGAGGGCAUCUCCGACCUCUCCUUUUCCUCCGACGGCCGCUACCUCUGCUCUGCAUCCGACGAUCUCACCGUCCGGAUCUGGGACCUCGCCGCGGCAACUGCCGUAAAGACCCUCUCCGGCCACAGCAACUACGUCUUCUGCUGCGCCUAUAACCCUCAGUCCAACAUGAUCGCCUCCGGCUCCUUCGACGAGACCGUCCGUGUCUGGGAGGUCAAGUCGGGGAAGUGCCUGCGCGUCCUCCCGGCUCACUCCGAGCCCGUCACGGCCGUCGACUUCAACUAUAAUGGGAGCCUCAUCGUUUCCAGUAGCUACGAUGGGUUGUGCCGGAUCUGGGACUCAGCGACAGGGCAUUGCAUGAAGACCCUUAUCGAUGAUGAGAGCCCCCCGGUGUCGUUUGUGAAGUUCUCUCCUAACGGGAACUUCGUGCUCGCCGCCACCCUCGACAACACAUUAAGGCUAUGGCAUUUCUCAGCGGGCAAGUUCUUAAAGACUUACACAGGUCAUGCUAACUCACGGUUCUGCAUCCCAGCAACAUUUUCAGUCACAAACGGAAAAUACAUUGUCAGUGGCUCGGAGGACAAUUGUGUGUACCUAUGGGAUCUCCAAACUAGGAAAAUAGUGCAGAAACUGGAAGGUCAUACGGAUGGUGUAAUCGCUGUAUCGUGCCACCCUUCAGAGAACAUGAUUGCUUCAGGUGCGCUCGGCAAUGAUAAGACAGUGAAGGUAUGGGUUCAGAGGACCGAAGAACAAAUGGAAGACUGACUGAUGUUUCUCCUAACAAGUUGCUCGGUAAUCUUUCUUUGUUUUGUUUACCUUUCUGCUUCCCCCUCGAUUUUAACCUAAAUCCGGAGGUUGUAGGGUUCUAUCAUGUGCUCUAUGUUGUGACCUAUCAAAUUCACAAGGACUCAAGAAGGUGAGUAGCCAAACCACCAAAUCAGCCAGCAGAUUGGGUUUGUGAAGUUUUACUGUGUUGGUUGCUGAGGGGAUUUGCAAUAACAUCAUGUCAAUCAGGAGUUAAAUCAUGAUUAGUGUUGACAUUAAUGUGUUACAUAGAUAGUGUAGUAGUAUCUUAUGCUCCUGUUCACAUGCCUCCUUGAUGGUGGAUUGAAUCCGGCAAGGUUGCACCGGUGGGCAAUUGAAGCCUUCUCACUCAGGCAUGUGUUAAUGUAUAUAAUCCAUCCAUCACGUUCUAAGCAUUUUUGUUAGGUCAAUCUGCACUUUUGCUGGUUGGUUGUGAGUUCUUCUGGUGUAUUAAGUUGCAAUUGUUGG